GGCCGUCGGGUCCAGCUGACUUUCAGGCUUCUAUCCCAGCAGCUUUCCAGUACCUUUUUUUUCGAGUUGAUGUUGUUUUAAAUUCCGGUCUUCUCUUUUGUCCCUUGCUUCUCUACUAUUCUUGGUAUAGAUAUCAGGGAUUGGAUCUUAAAGCCUGACUGUGACCAUUGCCAUGGCGAAUCAUAUAAAUACUGCUGUGGCGAGGCUUUCAAACUAACAAGAGGGGUAAGGUUCCGAUGAAGGGAGAGAUUUAGGAGGUCAAACAGAUAAUUUUCCAUGCAGGUAAACACAAGCAUAGUGGAACAAAAAGUGACAACAGAGAUUUGAAGGAAAAAAAAGUGUAUCAACGUGCAACGAUCUUGUUAAGAGUAGUAGAAUAAAUUAAAAUAUUAUGGCUGAAGGAUAUUAAGCGGGGGGGGGGAAGCUUGGUAGAAAGUGGAAAUGUCUGAUGGCUGUUGAGCAGUCUUUCAGUUCAAGAACAAAGACGGGAAUAUACUGGUGGUAAACUUACUUAUAUUGUUUUAUCCUGAAGUAUCUAAUUUUCUCCUGAAAAUACAAACCCUGGUCGGGUUACACGUUUAAUGCCCAAUGAUACCUUGCGCAGGCGUUGGCUCUCCCCGUUUGAACCUUCCCAUUGAGCGCUGACAAUCGACAGUUUCAAAUCCGGACAGAAAAGGAGAAGCGUCUGAUCCAGAAACGUCGAGCGGGGAACCGCAGCCUGGGCGGAGGAGGGGCUGGCUCUAGCACUUGGUCGCUCCCUGGAUUCUUGUCGCUCGAGACCGAGUUGACGGAUGGAUAGCCCAACGGCCGAGCGCGCGGCCACGCUGCCGUUAUUGACCAAGCUGGCAGCAGAGGACUGCCCCCGGUUUAUUCACAGAGUAAUUGAUGGUAUCUGUGGACGUGCACUUCCACGAUUCCGCGAUUAUGGAAACAUUUGGAGUCUGAUAGAAUGGUUGGAGGUCCUAGAGGAAGUCACAGCAUUUGUGCAACAUGCCAGUGGAAAGCAUUUACCAGAUGAAGAGAUUCUUCAGCUGUUGGAUGGAUUGAGUGUACCUCAUCAAGAAGCUGUACUCAACUGUUUAAAAACCAGAAAGGAGGAGCUCCAGUCAGCUUUAAUUGAGAAAACAAAUGCUGUAUCAUCUGCUUUUCUGCAGGAUUUUGAUUGGCAGCUGAAGUUGCCUCUAUCAAGUGAUAAGAUCGCCUUUCUUCAAACACCACUGCUAAAUCUUGACCUUGAUGUGAAAGAAAAUGGAGUGCUGAAGCCAGUUUCCAUUGAGAUGGACAAAGAAGAAUUGCAAACCCUCAUUCACUCUCUGGAAGCAGCAAAUAAGGUUGUUCUACAAAUAAAAUGACUGGAGAUCAUUGGUGCCUUCUAUUUCUUUACAGUUUCCAAAUGGAAACUGAGACUACUUAUAACUUUUGAGUUGAUACUGAAGCAGUGAGUAAUUGCAUCGUAAGGAGUUUGUGAAUAAAUAAAGUCAAGCCUGAAGCACAACAGAAACUUCAAACUCUUUUUAAAGUGUUUGAUUAGCUUCUGACUCUCAACAGAGCUAAAGCUAUUGGACUCUCUCAGUAUUUGAUUUAGUCACUAGCACCAGUAUUUGAAAUACACCACUGAUAUUUGUUUUUGUUUUGAGUGAAGACCUGCAAGUUCUUGACAUAUUUAUUACUUAACUCAAGAGCUUUAUCUGAUUUUUUUUAAUUUCAAAGAAUAUGCUCUCCCUCAUUGUUCAUUUAAAUUUUACAGCUCCAUUUUCUGGAGAGGGAGAAACAAUUGCAAUUACUGUUUCAUCUGUAAUAUUUUAAUGCUUUGCCUAGUAACUUAAGUUUGCAUAAUUCUGUCAACUAUUUGUAAAUUCAUUAUCUUUUGAGAGAAGGAUAGUUAUAUCAACAAGAAAAUCAUCUCGUAGUUCUAUGUACACUUUACAUUUUGUAAUUUUAUUUUAAACCUACUUAAUUUCAUUUUUAUAUCUAAUUGUUGCAUUCAGAUUGCCAGAUGACUUGUAUUCCUUCCUUUGAACAUACUGUGGUAAUUGUGUACUGUUGUAACUUAUAGACUUCAAAGUAACACUAAUUCUACAGCACAGGGUGAUGCAAAUCACUCCAGUCUGAAGUUGUGGCCUGUUGCUGGGCCUAGUCUAUUAGCAAGGUAGUUUGAAGAAAGUGGAACUUUAUGAAGUCCAUGGCCAGCAAAGAUAUGUUUUAAAACCUGGUAAUUCAAACAUUUAACGUUCCUUUCGUAGUCUGAGGUACAAAAUGUUAAACAAUCUCAUUUUUUUUUCUGCACUUUUCUGUUAACUAGCUUGCUUGAAGGAUUUUAUUUUGGUGAUCUGGCCUGCUGCAGCAUUUGCUGGUUCCCAUGUUCAGGUUGCCAAAGGAUUCCAAAGUUUCAUCUUAUUGGAAUUCUUGUACCAUAGUAGUUCAUCGUUUAUUUGUUUAGUUCUGUAAAUUUUGCUGAAUCCAGACUACUGAAAAUAUUUUCAGAAGUUACAGUUCAGUCAAGGGUGUGUGAGCAAAAAGAAAAGGGGAUCAUGAAGAAAUGUAAACAAGGAUGCUUGAUAAUUUAAUCUUUUGGAAUGAGAAUAUUUGGAGACUGUUGCUUCAAUGUUCGCGUUGAAAGUUGUCUAUAAUAAAAAGAGACUUGUGAACAAAAUUAUAGCAUUUAAAUCAAAAUUAGUUUUAAUAACUCAAUCUUUUGUCAAAAAUCCCACACACUGAUAUCUAGUUUCAAGAACGAAAUAGGAAUAAUAAAUAUUUGCAGUCAGUUAUCCCCCUCUAUUCCAAGCUACAGCUAUGAUUUUAGUUGAUAACUUCCCUCCCUUCUGUGGGGGCAAAGGGAAGUUUUUACUGUCUGGUCUGUGCUCAUCUGCUUUUAAGUAGCUUGCCAAGACAUGCCGAAGAGGUUAGUAUUUGAGAUAAUAGGAACUACAGAUGCUGGCGAAUCUGAGAUAACGGUGUAGAGCUAGAUGAACUCAGCAGGCCAAGUUGUGUUCAUCCAGCUCUACACCUUGUUAUCCAGGUCGGUAUUUGUUUUUUUUUCAUUUUUUCCUUAUGUCCUAGCAGUCCAGCUUUCUUGGAAACUAGCUGAAGAAAUGACCCACCGUUUUGUGACACCGUUUGUUUUUGAACAGUAGAGCUCCUUUUGUUUACCUGCAAUUAAUUCAUAGAAUCCCAAUGGUGCAGAAAGGAUGCAUUUUGUCCAUCCAGUCUGUCAAUCCUCCAAUAAGCAUUUCAGGCAAACCCAGCCCACCCACCACACAACCCUAUCCCCAUAAGCCUGUAUUUACCAUGGCUAAUCCACCUAACCUGCACAUUCAUUGACACUACAGACAAUUUAUCAUGGCCAAUCUCCCUAACUCGUACGUCUUUGGAAAAUGGGAGGAAACUGGAGCACCUGGUGAAAACACGUGCAGUUACAGGGAAAAUAUAUCCUUUUGACCGGACAAACAACACAAAUAAAGCUCUAGUUCUGACAACCAAUUAGAAUCUAGACCCCCCCCCCC